AUGAUCAGAAAAGAGGCUUACAUAUAUAAAAGUAUGAUGGAGGAACUGAAGAGAAUAAUUAAUGGCAGUGAAAUUACCAAACAGUGUGAUGCUCUGUGGCCUCCUCCUGACCAGGAGGAACUUGAAAUCGUCAUUGGAUAUGAACGCGUUUCUUUUACAACAUCUAAAAUUGGUUCCCUUAUUGAUGUUAAGCAAUCCAAGGAUUCAGAAGCCUUAAGAAUAGUUUAUGAUCUUGUUCAUGACCAGGAAGUAUCUGGUCUUCAUUGUUACUGA